UGCUCAACCCUCUGGACUAUCAGGGCUGGUGUUGCUUUGAAAAGGAGUGGAACAGAAAUGCAAUUGGUUGGAAAAUGUGCAGGGACAAAAAAUUGUUCAAAAGAAAAGAACAAAAAGAAGAAAAGGGUUAAAAACUCCUCCAGACUCCAUGGAUUGUUUGAUGGCAGAAAUGCCAUUUGCCAAUGCAGAUAGUAGAGAUGAAUUUGGCAUCACUAGUACAUUUGAAAUAUAUUUAAAAAAGAAGACAAAGAAAACUACUGGAAGGAAGACUGAAGAAGACAGUCAAACAAAGAAGAAAAAGCAAGAUCGUCCAAACUAUUUCAUUUCUAUUCCAAUUACAAACCCAAAGAUUACAACAGGUAUUCAGGCUGUCCAAGACACAUUAGUACAAAAGGAUCACAGGCUUUCCCAAGCAAUGGUUCAUCAUGGUUCUUUACAUGUCACCCUGUUAAUAAUGCAUUUAUCAAGUGAAGAAGAAGUUGGCAUAGCAGUUGGUGCUUUUUUAGAAAGCAAAGCUGCAGUAGAAGAACUCCUACAAGGAAAACAUUUGGAUUUAUCAUUUCAAGGAAUUGAUCAUUUUAAAAAUGAAGUUGUGUUUGUGGAUUUUGCAUCGAGUGAUCAUAUAGCCACGCUUAUGGAGAUAGCCGAGACAAUGAAAAAGAUAUUUCAGAAAAAGGGACUCUUGGCAGGAGAAAACAGAGCUUUAAAACCUCACUUGACCUUCAUGAAGCUGUCAAAAUCACCAAAGCUACGUAAGCAGGUGAAAAGAAUUGACCCAAAACUAUAUGAGAAUUUUAAAAGUCACUGUUUUGGAGAUGAAACCCUGUACCGCCUAGAUCUUUGCUCCAUGUUGAAAAAAAAGCAACCCAAUGGCUAUUACCACUGUGAGUCUUCUAUCACGGUUGGGAAGAGCCAUGAAUCAGACUUAAUAAAGAAAGCCUUGCACAGAGAAUCACAGGCUCUGUUAUCCAAACUGAAUAAGAUAAAAGAGCUCUUAUCAAACCCUGAGACCCGGAUGAAAAUUAACAGGGAACUGUUUGAAGACAGACAUAAACAACAACAGUAGAAAUUGGAAAAAAAAAAAAUCACGUCGACUCCAGCUCUCCGGCUACGUGAUCAUAAAUAGCUAUGGUAAAAAAUCUCAACGUUGUUUUGUGAUGAAAAAUAUUGUUUUUGCAAAUUUUCCAUCUCUUUUAAUACAGACAAUAUAAAUUAAAGCCAAUAUAGCAUGUGGUAUUGCGUUAAACAGCAAAGAACAGACUGUUUAUUGAGGAGUUACAGUAGCUCUCUAGAUCAAUUUUUGGAAGGAAGGAAGGAAAAAGUUAAGGAGGCAGGUCUGUGUCAUGAUUCUGCCAUAGAAAUGCCUUCAUUUCUAAAGGGUAUGAUCAAACACUGUGGCCAUUCUAAACUUUCAAUGUGAUUUUAAAAUAUAUAGGUGAAGAUGACAUUUUUAAUGAUGUGUCUUUUCUGUAUAUGCUGGUAUUUUGGGUAGUCACUGUUUCAUGUUUGUUAAUCAACAACUGAGUACACAUGUACAGAUGCUGAAAUAUUGUUUCUGCUAUUGUUUACAUGCAAGCAAGAAUGUUUUAAUCUCUCAAGGUAAAAUCCUGGCUCCACUGAGGUCAGUGGAAGAAUUUCCACUGAUUUCACUAGAGCUAGGAUUUCAUCCUCAAUGAAGGAUGAAUUGUUCAAAUAAUCUUUGUUCAGAAUAUUUGCCUUGUCAUUUCUGUAGGAACAAGAUGCUUCUUGGUUUUAUUUCUGUUAUUUCCUCCAUCUCUUUACCCUUUGCUAUGUGAAAAGGGGUCUGAACCUGUGUUCUGGGUGCACUCCACACAUCUGCUGAAUUCAGUAGAAGAAGUGCACACACAAAAUCCAACAACAAUGCAUGAUUGGGACCCAGCAUUUGCACUUAAGCAUUUCUUUAAAACUACCCACAACUUUAAAACCACCUACUUAAUCAUGCAUUCUGUAAUCAAUAUCAGAUUUUUGCUGGUAGAACUGCAGUCUAAAUAUUAAGAUUUUAUUCAUCAACCAUGAAAUGAUAUUGUUAUUUUAUCUCAUGGAUCAGCUAUUUUUUUCCUCUAGCGAUAAAAGAGCAUAUUAAAAAAAAUGCAUCUUUUGCAUUUAAGUCCAUCUUUCUAAUAAAAAAGAUUUUUUCUUUGCAUUGUGUCCUCAUUCCUCUCAAACAGAUUUAAAUAAAAUGAAGAAGUACUUUUAAGGUAACUCUAAAACAGGUAAUUAAAACAUAUGGGUACAACUUCUUCAUUCCCCUCUCCCCCCUCCAACCCCCAGCAAAUCACACCUCAUUAUAUAAUUGUGACUUAUGGCAAAGCAAGGAUAUUUCAUCUGGAUAUUAACUCUUGGAUAUUUCUGAUUCAGUAGACAGCAGUGCUUCUCAAAGUGAUCUGUGGGCCCACACUGAGAAAGCUGCAAACAGGCCAGCCAUCCUGCUUCCCACGGUUCCCUCUGGCUGCAAAUGACGAAUCGCAGCCAAGGGGAGCUGCAAGGCUCCAUGACUGCAGCACCAGUAAAUAAACAAAUAGGAGUGGCCCAUUAGCAACUCUCUCAGAGUGGAUCCACAGACCACUUUGAG